UGUUGGAACAGCGGCAGCAGCCUGGUCCGUGUCACACUCAGCAGAGAGGUAGAGCGCAGGCAGCCCGCUCUCGCGAACAUGGCGAUCCAAACGAAGCACAAGCUUCUCAUCUUCUGGAUCAUCAUGCUGAGCUUCAUCGCGUUCGGGGCGUGGCACAGCGAGGACAUGGAGACGCCGUUCUGGGCGAUGUGGACCGUGCCGAUCAUCUUCCUCUUCGUCUGGCUUCUGUUCGACUGCAUCUUCGUCGACGACAAGGCCUUCGUCUUCGACCACGACUACGAGAACUGGAGCAGGAGAAUGGAUCCCAUGUACUAAACGCGGAAGUGGGUAGAAGCUAGUUUUCCUUCUUUUUUUUUUUGUCCUUGUUGGUUCGUGUAUUUCCCCUUGGUAUUAUGUGUUUCUUUCUUCGGGGGGGAAGGAGGUUGAGGGGUGCAAGAACUCCCAAAUUCUUGGGAAGAGCCCUUUUCGACGGGCUGGCCUUUGGGCUUGGUAGCACGGACAAGAACGAUUGCUGUAAAUUGAGUAAUUUCACCACGAAGGGGACGCCGGAGAAUCAAAUAAACACUUAUGAAGUAGGCCGUUAUAAGCUGUUUUUGGCUAGCGAAGAUGUUGGCCGAAAGUAUCCCACCACGACCAGCAUCCACCGCAUUUGAUGAAUGGACGUGCGUGGAGCAGAGCGGCUUGUGCACCCGGAGGCGAGAAGAAGUGAUGAGGCGCAUUUGGACCGCAAUGCCAGGGUGCACACCUCACAGGAGCGCUUGCGUGUUUGUUGUUGCUCUCAGACCUUGGUUGUUGGCUGCCGAUAUGGAGUUGAUUGUUUGCGCGGCCAAGUGCGUACAAGAUCACGCCCGGGGUCCUUGAAUGACGUCGGUUGUGCACUCCCGCCAACUCAGACCCACCCUCUCCCACAAUACUGGCGUUUUUGAUCCCCAGUGCGAAAUGUUCAGUAUCAUGCGUUGUAUGGAACAACUCAUACGUGUCGAAAGUCCCGGCCGAGAGACGCCAUCCCUACAUGUUUUUGUUUUGUUU